AUGGCAUCCAGCGCGCCGCCAGCGGUGCUGGCUCUCUUGCUGCUGGUCAGCCCGCUGCUGGAGGCAUACAAUACCGGAGUACCCAAACACCCUCAAGACAGGGGAACAGGCAAGGUGACACCGAACAGAACACCAGGUCACCAGAAGCCCGAUGUCACGCAGGGUGCCGCCGCCUCUGAACCCAGAAGUUCCAAAAGCCAUGGGUACUAUGACCUCUACCAAGGAGGCUAUGACAAGGGAUUCUCAGAUCUCAUCUACUGGGUUCCGCUGAUCAUCAUCUUCGGAGCAGGAAUCAUCUUCUUGCCGGUCUUGGGAGCCAUGUUCGCCACACUCGCGGCUGGUACCGCGGGGGCCGCGGUCAGCACGACCGUCGCCGGUCGCCGGCGUCGCGAUGUCCCAUCCAUGGAGGGGGCGCUGCACAUGCUACGCACACUGGAGACUGCCUUUGAAAAGUAUCGAACUCUCUCGGCCCGAUGA